AUAUAUGAUGGUCUUGAACCGAUUCAUCACCGAUUAUUCGGAAGAUUCUGUGGAGAUCAGAUACCGGAGACUAUAACAAGUACAGGGCCUGAUUUACUUCUCAUUCUGCACACGGACGAUUCCGAAGAGGAGAAAGGUUUUGUGGCCGAAUAUCGAGAGAAGCACCUAACGUGGACGUUAUACGAAUCCCAGGAAGUUCAAAUGCCACGACCUGUUCCCAAUAAAGAGCCCAUCAGUUAA